AUGCAGGGUCUGAGCUUGGAGCUAUGUGCAAAGGAUCGAGUAGGGCUGCUUUCUGAUGUAACAAGAGUUCUUCGAGAAAAUGGGUUGUCAGUGAUGAGAGCUGGUGUUACAACUGUUGGGGAUCAAGCGAUACAUGUGUUCUACGUGAGCGAUGCUGCUGGGAAUCCUGUAGAUAUGAAGACUAUCGAAGGACUACGCCAAGAAAUUGGAAACAAUAUGAUGCUUAAUGUGAAGAAAGUCCCAACAAAUACGAAAUCCCUUGAAUCGAGUGGAUGGCCGAAGAAGAGCUUUUUAUUUGGAAGUUUACUGGAGAAGUUUCGUUCUUGA